AUGCGUUUCGCAUUUGAAGUUACCGGCAUAGAUUUAUGUGGCCCUCUGAUUCUCAAAAAUAAAAACAAAACCUGGGUAGUACUGUUUACGUGUGCUGUAUAUAGAUGUGUACAUUUGGAACUAGUGACAUCCGUAAGUACCGAAUGCUUCAUUCAAGCGUUUCGUCGGUUCAUAGCCAGAAGAGGUCGGCCAUCUACAGUUUAUUCAGACAACGGCACAAAUUUCGUCGGUACAUCUGCAUUGCUGAAAAAGGUUGACUGGGUAAAGGUAAUUGCUCAGGAAACUUUGCAUCCCAUCACUUGGAAGUUCAUUCCGCCCACUGCUGCUUGGUGGGGCGGAUGGUGGGAGCGUCUAAUCCGCACAGCCAAGAAUUUGAUUGUGAGAGUCUUAGGACAAGCUGCAGUCAAUUACGAAGAGUUACUCACCGUCAUCUGUGAUGUGGAAGCCGACAUUAAGGUUUCAGGUACAGCAGAUUUGGAUGCUUUAGAUCGAAAUAAACUCUUGGCUCGUCAGCGUUUCUGCCAGGAACUUCGAGAACAAUUUCGUAGCCGUUUCCGCAAGGAGUACCUUGGACAGUUAGUACAAAAGCAUGGACAGACGGACUGUGAAUUAAAAGUUGGAGACAUCGUGCUAAUAGGUUGUGAGAAACCUUAA